GAAUGAAAGUGGCGCGCGGCCCCUGACGGUCCCGGCCGGGAGCGGCCGGCGUUCGCAUCGCGCUCGGCGUUCGGGUGCCGCCGGCCUCCGGUGGGGAUCGGACGGCGGGGAGGCGGCGGUCGAGGCGCGGCGGGCGUCCGACAGGCGGAGCGCACUGCACGGCCCGAGACAUGGCUCAAAACAAGAUCCCGCCGCGGUGGCUCAACUGUCCGCGGCGCGGCCAGCCGGUUGCAGGAAGAUUCUUGCCUUUGAAGACAAUGUUGGGACCAAGAUACGAUAGUCAAGUUGCUGAAGAAAAUCGAUUCCAUCCCAGCAUGCUCUCAAAUUAUCUCAAGAGUCUAAAGGUUAAAAUGAGCUUAUUGGUAGACUUGACAAAUACUUCAAGAUUCUAUGAUAGGAAUGACAUAGAAAAAGAAGGAAUUGCAUAUAUAAAACUUCAGUGUAAAGGACAUGGUGAGUGCCCUACAACCGAGGUUACAAAUACAUUUAUUCGUCUGUGUGAGCGGUUUCAUGACAGAACUCCACCCGAACUUAUCGGUGUUCAUUGUACCCACGGUUUCAAUCGCACUGGCUUCCUCAUAUGUGCCUUUUUGGUGGAGAAAAUGGAUUGGAGUAUUGAAGCAGCAGUUGCUACUUUCGCCCAAGCCAGACCACCAGGAAUCUAUAAGGGUGAUUAUUUGAAGGAACUCUUUCGGCGCUAUGGUGAUAUAGAAGAAGCACCACCCCCACCUCUGUUGCCAGAUUGGUGUUUUGAAGAUGAUGAAGAUGAAGAUGAGGAAGAGGAUGGAAAAAAGGAAUCAGAACCUGGAUCAAGUGCUUCCUUUGGCAAAAGGAGAAAAGAACGGUUGAAACUGGGUGCUAUUUUCUUGGAAGGUAUAACUGUGAAAGGUGUGACUCAAGUAACAACUCAACCAAAGUUAGGAGAGGUACAACAGAAGUGUCAUCAAUUCUGUGGCUGGGAAGGGUCUGGAUUCCCUGGAGCACAGCCCGUUUCCAUGGACAAGCAAAAUAUUAAACUUUUAGAGCAGAAGCCAUAUAAAGUAAGCUGGAAAGCAGAUGGUACUCGUUACAUGAUGUUGAUUGAUGGCACAAAUGAAGUUUUUAUGAUUGAUAGAGAUAAUUCAGUGUUUCAUGUUUCAAAUCUGGAAUUUCCAUUUCGGAAAGAUCUUCGAAUACAUUUAUCAAAUACUCUUUUGGAUGGGGAGAUGAUUAUUGACAGAGUAAAUGGACAGGCUGUUCCUAGAUAUUUGAUAUAUGACAUCAUUAAGUUCAAUGCACAACCAGUUGGAGAUUGCGAUUUUAAUAUCCGUUUGCAGUGUAUAGAACGAGAAAUUAUAAAUCCUCGGCAUGAAAAAAUGAAGACCGGACUCAUUGACAAAACACAGGAACCAUUCAGUGUCAGAAAUAAGCCAUUUUUUGACAUUCAUACUUCAAGAAAGCUGCUUGAAGGAAAUUUUGCCAAAGAAGUCAGUCAUGAAAUGGAUGGACUUAUAUUUCAGCCCAUCGGGAAGUAUAAACCUGGUCGGUGUGAUGAUAUUUUGAAGUGGAAACCUCCCAGUUUGAAUUCUGUGGAUUUUCGCCUGAAAAUAACAAGAAUGGGAGGAGAAGGGUUACUUCCUCAGAAUUUUGGUCUUCUCUAUGUUGGAGGCUACGAAAGACCUUUUGCACAAAUCAAGGUGACAAAAGAGCUAAAACAGUAUGACAACAAAAUCAUAGAAUGCAAAUUUGAGAAUAACAGCUGGGUCUUCAUGAGACAGAGAACAGACAAAAGUUUUCCUAAUGCCUAUAACACUGCCAUGGCUGUGUGCAAUAGCAUCUCAAACCCUGUCACCAAGGAGAUGCUGUUUGAGUUCAUCGACAGAUGUGCUGCAGCUUUUCAAGGACAGAAGCGAAAGCAUCAUCUGGACCCCGACGCAGAGCUCAUGCCCCCACCGCCUCCCAAAAGACCGCGCCCUGCCACCUAAGACCUGCCUUGACUUCAGGGUUAAGAGCAGACAGGAGUGAGAAAAAAAAUUCCUGUUGUUUAUUAUUAUUAUUAUUUUUGCAACUAAAAGGGUUCAGAAAUGAGUGUGGCUUGAUACUGAUAGACAGUUUAGUUUUUCUUAAGAUAUUGUAGCCGACCUGUAAAUAUUUGAUGCGUUUGUUUUUCUAGUGCUGCAGUGCAUCAUAGACUUAAACAUUUUAUUUAUAUCCAAUGAACUCAGCCUUACCUUAUGACAUCUGAAGAUUGAAAUAUCCAAAGGUUUAACCAAGAUUGAAAUCAAUGAACAAGAGGCCUUGUUUAUAUAUAUGGAUACUUUUCCCAUUUAAUUUAUAGGUUAGCAAUCUGGAACUGUGAGCACAUCCGAAAAAAAAAUAUUUUUUAGAAGUUGUAUCAACUAUGAAAAAUUUUCCUUUUAAAAAAUGUGGGCAAUGGCAUUAAACAUUCUUGCUAUCAUUAUCAUGGAUUUUCUAUAUUUCUGAGAUUCCUGUAUUCAAAUGCAAAUGACAAGGUUGUUAAGUUUUGUACUAUACUAAACAACUUGGUGUGGUUUCUUUUAUUUCAAGGUUUUUGUGGUGGGGAGAAUGAAAAAGUUAAAAAAAAUAAUACUCCAUUUUUGCGAACUGCAUCGUUUCUAAAGGAAGUAUUUUGAGUGUUUUUGUCUUGUUUAAACUACAGUGUCAGAUAUCCAGCAUGUUUAUUCAGGCAACAUUUUGAGUUCCUUCGUGGAGCCUGUUGUUCACCACCCAGUCCUUUAUGUUUUUCUCUUGGGAAGCUUUUUCAUUUCUUAAAUGCCAGAGCAACUUCUGCUUCACCUCAAAGAUAUCCACACAUCAUAAGUUACCUUGGAACACACACAACUCACUGUGAUCCACCAGCAGCAUGAGACACAAUGUUGUGAUGGUUCCCUCAGCAAAGGAAACUGCAAACAGCAAAGGAAAUACCAGCUACAGUCCUUUGAUAAGAAGGGUGUGUCACAGUAUCGAAUGUGGUCCUGAGCAAAUGCUCUCCCACUGCUGGGCAAACACAGAGGGAAAGCCUCAACAUUGAUAGAAAUGAAACAUCAAGGAAAUACAGAUCCUUGUUUGCAAAGCCAUAAUUCCAUCAAUGUUCUAUUCUGGGGAUGUUCUAUUAGACAUCUGAAUUUUAAAAUGUUUAUCAAUAGGUAAUGGACCUGAGAGGGCAGCCAGCUGGUCGUGUGCCAUUGUUGGGAGACUGUUCUGACUGGUUUGUGAAGAAACUCUACAGAGUUAACUGACUACUGGCUAAUGUGUUUAUUUUUUAGGGGUGCAGGUUUUACAUGUGUAUGUAUCUAAAAGACUUUCAUGAUAUGAAUUUUAUAACUGUGCAUGCACAUACCUGUAAAUAUGUGCAGCAGUGUAUCUUCUGCUGAUGCAGUCAGACAUGAAAAUCCAAAUGGGUUCCCUAGUGGACGGAAUGUGACAAGGACUUCUCUCCAUAGCUCAGAUUUACCAAAAUUAUUGAUAGUUGCCUGUCUUCUUUUUUUUUUUUCCUUUUAGUUUCCUCCUGUAAUGCUUUUCUAUUUAAAAUAGCAGGGUCAGGAUUAGGCUCUUUUCCUUUGCUGCUCCCAAGUACCAUAAUGUGUGGUGAAUUCAUCUAAAACAUCCUUUCGGUGUGUUUCUCCCAGAACGCUUGGUGUGUUUGGACACUAAAGGGAUGGAAGCACAUGACAGGCACGAGGACUACUGAGAGAGGAAACUUCUCAAGAUCCCAUAGUGUCUUACGCAGUGGAUCUGAAAAACGCCUAUGCAACCCUCCCAGUAGUCUGACGCCUGCUUCCCCGGGGCCGGUGACUUGGCACACACACUGCUGGCUCCAGACCUGGGCAGAGGCAGGGCCCUCUUGCAGAUAUAUAAAAGCAAGCCUUGCCAGUGAUCUCUAAUGGAGUUAAAUGUUUAUGGUAAUUGUAACCUUUUAAAUGAGUUAUGUGAAAAGAGCAUCUCAUUUUUUAUAUACCCAGGUAUUUUUUCCCUUGUCUUUGUGCAUUUUAGGAAAACUUAACUGUCUUAAUUUAUCCUUUCCUUUCAAUGACAGUGAAGUGUAAUAGCUAACCCUCUAAGUAGAUUCUUGUAGCCCCUGAACACCUCCCGGCAGCUGCAGUGUCCCCAGAAGUCACUUGAAAGGUCAAGGUUGGGGUGUGGUGGCAGGACUCUGCGCUGUGCGAGGAGGACACUUCCUCUUUCAGUCUGCUUCCCUGGAACACAGGCUGUUUUCAGACAGGAAUUCGAGAACUUUG